CAAGAGAGUGGUGUUCAUUGUAGCAGAAUUGCAGUGCACUGGACUGUACAGAACUGGGUAGCAUCCACACUGUGUAUGAGGGUGCGGUCCGGCUGCACUGAAAGUAACAGCACGGGCAGAUAGAGAGGAGAGAGAGGAAUAAGAAAGAAGAGGAGGGAGAGAUAUCACCACAAGAGGAAUACAGCAAGGGAUGAAAGGAGACACCCCUGUGAACAGCACCAUGAGCGUCGGUCAGGCCAGGAAGCUGGUGGAACAGCUGAAGAUUGAAGCCAGUUUUUGUCGAAUCAAGGUGUCAAAGGCAGCGGCAGACUUGAUGGCCUACUGUGAUGCCCAUGCAAUCGAGGACCCUCUCAUCACCCCUGUGCCCACUUCAGAAAACCCGUUCAGGGAGAAAAAGUUCUUCUGUGCUCUCCUCUGAGCAGGACACAGGAAGGGCAGGAUUAGUCUCAUUUAAAAAAUAAUGAUCAUUUGUGUACGCACAUCACACAACACAAGACUCGACAAGACACCACACAGCAAAAUAAAUCCCCAAAUAAGGUUCAAUAAAUGCAAAGUGGUUUCUAAAUUUCAGAAUCAAAAAUUUACAAAGUCAUGUUUGUGAAGAUAUUUUUAUCCUCCUGUUUCUUUCUUUCUUUCUGGGAAACCCUGUUCCUUUCAUUAAGGGGACAAGAUAAUAUCAAGAUCAAUGCAAAUGGAUUAGAUCAAAUGACACACUGAUACAUACAUAUGCAAGCAAACAGUUUUUUAAUCGAGCAACGGGAAAUAGGUGUGGGUCUGAAUAUUUCAAUUUAAAAUGUUAUUAUAUUCGAAAAAUUCAUUGCGGUCUUCACAUUGCAUACUAUGGUGAUUUACAAAUUCUGUAUGUAUAUUUAGAAUUUUUUUUUUUUUUUUAUGUUUUGUUUGAGGUGGCUAUGUAUGCUGGUAGACAAUUCUGGUUAACUGGUAGAGCUUUUAAAGUUUAGAUCAUUGUGAGAAAGUGCGAAUGCUAAUACAUAGCACUCCUAAAGGGGUUUGUAAAAUGAUAUUUAUGUCCCAAAAACAAUUAAAUUUGUCCUGGCCACUUAAACAAGUGGUAUCUAGACUCUAAUAGUUCAAAAGAUGAACUGUUGAAGAAAAAUGUCAAGAGAACAUCUGUCAAAUACUUGUGGUCCUAAGUAAUGAAUUAAAAUACUGCAGAAUCCAAUGAAGGAAUGAAUAAAACUUUUAAACAUCA